GGCGGCGCCGGGCGCAGCCUUCACCUGCCUCAGGUGCCGCCAUGGCCUCGGCCGUGUCCAUCCUGGACCUCAAGGGCAAGCCCCUCCUGAGCCGCAGCUACCGGGGGGACGUGGGGCCGGAGCCCCUGGAGCGCUUCAUGGCGCUGCUGCUGCAGGAUGAGGCCACGGGCACGCUCAGCCCCGUCCUGAGCCACGGCCACGUCCAUCUGCUCUGGAUCAAACACUCCAACCUCUACUUGGUGGCCACGACCACCAGGAACAGCAACGUGUCCCUGCUCUACGCCUUCCUCUACAAGGUGGUGCAGGUUUUCUGUGAGUACUUCAAGGAGCUGGAGGAGGAGAGCAUCAGGGACAACUUUGUCAUCAUCUACGAGCUCCUGGAUGAGCUGAUGGACUUUGGCUUCCCCCAGACCACAGACAGCAAGAUCCUGCAGGAGUACAUCACCCAGGAGGGGAACAAGCUGGAGAGGGGCAGGCCGGGGGUGCCCAGCACGGUGACCAACGCCGUGUCCUGGCGCUCCGAGGGCAUCAGGUACAAGAAGAACGAGGUUUUCAUCGAUGUCAUCGAGGCUGUGAACCUGCUGGUGAGUGCCAGUGGCAGUGUGCUGCUGAGUGAGGUGCUGGGGAGCAUCAGGCUGAAGGUUUUCCUCUCGGGGAUGCCGGAGCUGCGCCUGGGGCUCAACGACCGCGUCCUGUUCGAGCUGACGGGCCGGGGCACAAACAAGUCGGUGGAGCUGGAGGACGUGAAGUUCCACCAGUGUGUCCGUCUGUCCCGCUUCGACAGCGACCGCACCAUCUCCUUCAUCCCCCCCGACGGCGACUUUGAGCUCAUGUCCUAUCGCCUCAACACCCAGGUGAAGCCGCUCAUCUGGAUUGAGUCGGUCAUCGAGAAGUUCUCCCACAGCCGAGUGGAGAUCAUGGUCAAGGCCAAAGCCCAGUUCAAGAAGCAGUCAGUGGCCAACGGGGUGGAGAUCUCGGUGCCGGUGCCCAGCGACGCCGACUCGCCCAAGGUCAGGACCAGCGCGGGCUCAGCCCGCUACCUGCCGGAGAGGAACCUGCUCAUCUGGAGCAUCAAAUCCUUCCCAGGGGGGAAGGAGCAUCUGCUGCGAGCUCGCUUCGGGCUGCCCAGCGUGGAGAAGGAGGAGGAGGAGGGACGGGCGCCCAUCUCAGUGCGCUUUGAGAUCCCCUACUUCACCGUGUCAGGCAUCCAGGUGCGGUACAUGAAGAUCAUCGAGAAGAGCGGUUACCAGGCGCUGCCCUGGGUGCGCUACAUCACCCAGAGCGGGGACUACCAGCUCCGCACCGCCUAAGAGCAGCUUCCCGCCCCUCCAGGACUUCACCCCCCUCCCCCCCAGCCCACCGUCCCCCCCAUAAAGAUGAAGCUGAGACCA